GUUUUGCUUCUUGGCCUAUUAGAAGCUCGCCGUUUGUACAACUUACAUCUCCGACGCAUUUUAUUGUGUCAGACCUCUAACAGCUGUGUAUCGAUAGCUCCAGCCUCUGGACUCUCUGCUCCUUUGAACUUCUCGAGCACAACGGCCUCUCGAAGUCAAAAUGUAUCGUCAAGCCUGCCAGGCACUAUACCUACUUCGAGUGAAAUACCACAGAUCUUCAAUCUGAAUUCGUCCUCUGUUCUAGGUGAGUUUUUCUCACAUUCUUCCGUCAACAUCCUGGACCCUGCGCUGGCGUGUUCACAGUCUCCUGAGUCUCUUGACGACGUUUGUCUCGAAGCUGUCCCAAGCCUUCGUCUGUCUGACUCUCCGACAAAAUCACAAUCUGUUAAUCACCAGCGUGUGUGCACAUCUGGGCAUCAAACACGACAUACUAUUUACAGCGGUCCCUCCGAUGAGCCGCCUAGUCGCUUAUCGAAUAAUGCAGACCAGACUCUGAAUGGGAGAUCCCUGUUGAGUCUGAUGCCACCGACAAGCACGUUGGUCCAGCGACGUCGAAACAAGCGUCAAUCGCGAGGUCUCCCAGCAAUCUCUCUUACCUCUGUACAGGCGACUUCGCUUACGGGUCUUAAAACAUUAGCCGCUUCGUUUUCUCGGAAACGACAUUUCGAUUGCGGUUUUUUCGAGCUUCUUCUUUCCUUUUUUGGUCUGGUACAUAGAUCAGGGUCUCGCCUGCCACAUCAUUCGCUAGCAUUUCUAUAUCCAUCUACCUACCGAUUAUCCUUUUAUUUGUUCCAAAAAAUCCGGCAAACAAGUCGGCUUAUCUCUGCCCCACUUUUUCAGCUCUUUUUUUACAUCUUCACUGUGCCUUUUUGGCUGAUGAUCCUUCUUCUUCGCUUGCGUGAUUUUCUUUCAAGCCUAUGCCUUGAACUACUCAUAUGGCUUUCACCCGACCAAUCUGACAGCCCAGUGAGUAUAAUCUUCUAG